AUGAUCACCAAGUCUAUUUUGAGGGGUCCCCUGACCCUCUGGUACUGCAGCUUCAUCAACUCAGAGCAAUACCUGGACGAGCAGCUCCAGGAGAACAAAUACUUCCCAUUCCAGCUGCAGCAGCCGAAAGUGUUCGUGAUCGAGUAUUACAAGGACAUGAUCUGGAAAGCGCUGCUGUGCCUUGUCGUUUCCCUGAUUGCCAGCAUCUUCUACUUCAAAAAGGCCGGGAGCCACCAGGACAUAUCUGCUUUCUUCAUCUUCAGCAUGGUGACCGGCCUCUGGCUUCUGGUUAGCAACAUGAGCAAACGGCGACUGAUCAUCAACCACGCCAGGAACUUCUACCAGUUCUACAUUAAAGGCAUUCUCUGGCAGGAGGGGCCUUUGCACCAGAUCUACGUCCGACUCGUAGGCCAGCGAGACGCCUAUGGAAAGCUUUUCUACAGCCUCAUUAUCAAUGGAUACCGCCUGGAGGUCCUCACCCUGGUCCACUUGACCAGCAACUACGAGCUGAUCAAUACCCUCGGGCACCGCAUCGCACGCCACCUGAAUCUCAACUAUUUUGACUAUGAGGACAUCUCCAUGCGCCAUGUCAUCCGCCACCUUCCCCCUGAGGAGGAGUAUGAGGAGGAAGAUGAGGACACCAUGAGUGUGUAA